AUGGCAACUUCUAAAUUAGUUGUACCACAGAAUGAGCCUACAUCGUUUUACGGUAGUCCAGAGUUACUAUCACCUAGAUUAUGGCCAAAAAAGGAGAUAGUGAGUUGUUGGUCAUCUAUAGCAAAGAUUAAUGAGUGUAUAAUAGAUAUUAAUGAUGCUAUUCUCAAAGGCCAGUUCACAAGUCUAGUCGGAGAAUGUUGUGAGGAUAUCUCUAAAAUUGUUAAUAGUUGCUGGCCUAAACUGUUUCCCUUUUUGCCUGAAUUUUCAGCAUUGAUCAAGGAUUAUUGUGCUAAAGUUGCGCAAGCACCAACAACCGUUAAGGGAAUUAUCUCAAUGGUUGCUUGCAUGGCAACUUCUGAACCAACAACACUAGUCUAUCCACCGAGUGAGUCUAGAGUGUUUUAUGGUGGUCCAGGGGUACUACCACCCAGAUGGUCAAACAAGGAACUACUGAGUUGCUGGUCAUCUAUAACAAAGAUUAAUGGGUGUAUAACAGAUAUUCAUGAGGCUCUUCUCAAAGGCCAGUUCACCAGUCUAAUCACAGAAUGUUUUGAGGACAUCUCUAAAAUUGUGGACGGUUGCUGGCCUAGACUGUUUCCCUUUCUACCUGAAUUUUCAGCAUUGAUUAAGGACUAUUGCGCUAAAGUUGUGCAAGCACCAAGUAUUCAUGGAGCGUAGGCAUGCACUGAGAACAUGCACAAAUAAAGGGCUAGCUACUUCUUUUAUUGUUUAAUUAGUUGGGGAGAUUGAAAUCUUUUUUUGUUUAGUUGAGGGCUUGAAUUUAAUGGAGUCUUUUUGUUUCUCAGGCUAGGUCUUUGGACUUUCAUGUUACUUUGGAAUAUCUAAUAAUUCUAUACUAAAUAAAUGUUUGGUUUUCUCUUCAAGGGUAAUUAAUCAAGGACUUGACUAAUAGAACCAAUGACCUAUCACUUGGAUGCAUAAUCGAAUAUAUAUCCUUCUGUUUUUUUAUUUUUUUACCGUGUAUACAAAGCAGAGAUAAUAUUUUUUUGUUGUACUGUGAUUUAUUCCGAAACCAAAACAUGUUGGUGAUAAAAUACUUCCACUCCAAUAGGGGUUUCACUUUAGCCAACAAGAAAAUUUUCUAAUGACAACAAAUGAAAAUUAAAAAUAUUAAUCCUGUUCUUAAUCUUUUCAGUAAAUUAAAUAUAUAUUUUUUAGAGUUAAUGACAAAAUGCAAAACAAUAUUUUACAACAAGUCCACUUAAAAACUGUUUAAUAACUGAGGUCACUGUUAAUUUAACACAUGAAAAGUUGAAAUUAUGAGAAACUUCAAAUAAAUUUACCCUUUAAAAACAUAAGAGUCGUGACAUUUCCAAUUAUCUUGUAUAUGCCUAUGUAUAUGUUUUGUUCUUAGACAGAAACUCUCUAUUUAUAGGGAAUUAUAGGACAAUUUUCCAUUUCCUUCCCCGUAAUUGCAUGCAAUAACACGCCUCCCAAGGUUAUUCCUCUCACCCCAAAUCUCCAAAGCCAUUUUCC